AAGUAAGAAUGGCAACCAACCCAGAUAACAACGAAGUUAAAGACCCAGAAAUGGGGCCUUUAGAUAAUGUGAAAUUCUUCGAACCUAAAAAUAAAUUUGAGGAACCUAAAAAGCGCAAAUAUCCUGGUUUUCGCAAAAAUAUUUAUGAUUAUUUUACGGAAUUUUCGAGUAAUACCGGAAUCCAUGGCUUCAAAUAUAUGGGCGAACAAGAAAGAUCGUUCACUGAAAAAUUUUACUGGUUAAUUCUGUUCUGUAUUUCUCUGUACUUCUGUAUUUACUUAAUAAUCCAAACAUGGCUAAAAUGGGAUCAAUCUCCAGUUUUGGUAAGUUUCGCCCAAAGUCCUACACCAGUAUGGCAGGUGCCAUUCCCAGCAAUUACCAUUUGUUCUGAAACGAAAACUAGGCAAAGAGUAUACAAUUUUACGGAUUAUUAUCACAAAGUUAGAGAUGAUAUGAUUGCAAAAGAAAAAAAUAUCUCGGCAGCAAGCAAUCUCACAGAUGAAGAGAUACAGAAAUUUUCUGAUAUCUCGUUGAUCUGUGAUAAUCAUCUUUAUUCGGAAGGAAAUAAAACUACGAGUUUUGAAACCAUUGAAUACCUAAUAAGCAUCGCACCACCAUUUGGAGAGGUUUUCAUGGGCUGUAAAUGGACAAGCAUGAACGAAACUUGCAAUAACCUUUUCUCUCCAAUGUUAACAGAAGAUGGCAUUUGUUUCACAUUUAACAUGCUAGACAGAAGCGAACUGUUUACAAAUGCUGUCUACUUACACGGAGACUACAUGGGUCACGACAAGCGAUCAGAAGGAUGGACACUUGAAAAUGGUUAUCCUAAAGACGAAGGAAAAGACACAUUUCCUAGAAGAGCUAUGUCAGCAGGGUCUAAAGCUGGCCUAUUUCUUCUUUUAAGAGCUUAUGAACAGGAUCUGGAUUAUGUUUGUCGUGGACCAGUACAAGGCUUUAAAGUAUUGUUGCAUCACCCAGCCGAAGUACCAAGGGUCGGAACUCAAUAUUUUAGAGCACCACUUAAUCAAGAAAUUGUAGUGGCAAUUAAACCUGACAUGAUGACAACUUCUGCAGGUUUAAGAAACUACGAUCCACAUCGAAGGCAAUGUUUCUUCGCAGAAGAGCGACAACUACAAUUUUUCCAAAAUUACACACAGCAAAACUGUCAAGUGGAAUGUGUUGCAAAUUAUACUCGAACUAGAUGCGGUUGCGUCGCUUUCCAUAUGCCACAUGAAGAAUCGACGAAAAUUUGUGGAUCUGGAAGUAACCAAUGCAUAUUCGAAGCAGAACAGGAGUUGCUAACUCGCGAAGUAGAAUCAGGACUUCAUCGUUUUGAAGGUGAUGAAGAAGAGGGUGUUUCAAAAGCAGAAUGUGAUUGUUUACCUGCCUGUACUUCCAUAACGUAUAAUGCAGAAACUUCGCAAGCCGACUUCAAUUGGCCUAUGCUUUUUCAAGGAUUCAAAGCUAAUUUUAGUGAAUUUCCAGGGAUUCAGAUGACCAGAUUAACACUGUUUUUCAAGGAUAUGCAAUUUAUCACUUCAGAAAGAAAUGAGCUUUAUGGACAAACAGAUUUCCUUGCCAACUGUGGAGGAUUAUUGGGUUUGUUUACUGGAUUUUCGUUCUUGUCGAUCGUUGAAAUCGUAUAUUUUCUGUCAUUAAGAUUAUUGUGUAACAUUAAAAUGUAUGGGGUACACUUCUGGUCUGGAUCGAAAACGUUAUUAAAUGACGAUGCUUAUCUACACAAGUAAAUUUGUUAGUGCUAAUUUAUUAUUAUUACUAUUACUCGUAAAAACCUUGUUUAAUUUCAAGUUGAAAUAAAUCGCAAGUUAUAGUUUCAAUUUUUAAUAUGUAACUUUUCCGAUAGUUUAACUACACUAAACACUAAUAGACACACAUGCAAAUACACAGACUACUAAUUUUGCAACCAUGAUUUUUCAAAUUAGAAUGAAUUCUUUAAAGUUUUAUUUGUAUACCUAUAAGGUAGUUCUUUACAAAUCCAUUAACUAGAUUAAAGUAUUUAAUGUACCUACCACAAAAAAUUUUAUCACCAUAACGUAUUUGCUUGUUAAGCAUUCUACAUUCUGCAUUCACUAGAAAUAACAAUUGUAUUUAUGCGUACUCAUCAAACAGUGUUUAAUGUACCAUGAAAAACAAAAUUUCACCAUAACGGAUUAACUUAUUUUAUUAGUUUUUUACAUUGUAUAUACGGUGGAAAUACUUACAAAUUUCAUAGCAGAUUAUUAUAACAAUGUUGUAGUUUUACGUGUGGUAUAAAUUUAGAAAAUUUAGAAAUGCCGGGUGACUCGGAAUUUAUUUAAUAGAUAACAACUUGCAUAUUAGUAAGCUUCUUCUCAUUUCAGUACCUACUGAAAUGCGAUGAAAGUCAAAUUUAAUGUGACUACGGAAAGAAUUUUUUGAAACAGAAAAUUUUAAACAAAAUUUAACAAAUUCCGGCAGCCAUGUGCUCAACAACCGAAAUAUUCUUGAUGUAUGUAAGUGUAAAUGUAUUACAAAUUUUCUGUGAUUAACUUAUCUGUUAUUAUCAAUUUUUUUU